AUGUCUCUAGUAUACUCCUUCUUGCCAGACACAUCACCAUCCAAACAGUUUCACAAUGCCAUCUCUUUUUCAACAUUAGAAGCUGGCCGUGCCAAAUGUGAAGCCAUCCAGACUCGCCAAAAGAAGGGAGCCAAUUUGCCUAGCAAAGAUCGUUCGUACAAUCCCCGUGCUGAUCCUACCCAGGAACCUAUCCUCUUGAAAAAUGCAGUCGUUUGGGAUGGCCAAGGACAAGUGCUGGAAAAUGUGGAUGUUUAUAUUGAGAAUGGUGUUAUUCGGCAAGUGGAAAAGGGUAUCCAAGUGGAUGGCACUCAAGGCGUGAAAGUGAUAGAUGUUGCUGGACACAUUGUCAGUCCUGGUUUAGUAGAUAUGCACAGUCAUAUAGGUGUCGAUGGCUGGCCACGAUAUACCUCCUCUAUAGAUGCCAAUGAGAUGCCAAACCCUAUUACGCCCUACGUACGUAUACUCGAUGGAUUCAAUCCCUCCGAUAACGCUAUUCGCAUUGUUGCCUCUGGUGGCAUCACAUCAGUCUUAGCUUUGCCUGGGUCUGCCAAUGUCAUUGGUGGUGAAGCUUAUGCCUUCAAGCUGCGUCCUCGAUCUACUGUCAGUAACGAGGAUAUGCUUGUGCAAGCCAACAACACUGAGGAUACAGAGUGGCGUUGGAUGAAGAUGGCGUGUGGUGAGAAUCCCAAGCGCAUCUAUGGCAGUCUUUUACACAUGCAACCCUCUACACGUCUCGGCAUGGCGUAUAUGCUGCGCAAGGAGCUAACCAAGGCCCAAGCGCUCAUGCGCCAACAAGAUGACUGGUGUCAUAAUGCUCAGCAUGGUCGGGUGGACACGGUGUUUCCGGAAGACAUCGAUUUGGAAUCAUUGGUUGCACUCUUACGAGGCCAGGUUUUGCUCAAUAUUCAUUGCUAUGAAACUUACGAUAUCGAAGCCUUAAUCCGCCAUUCACUGGAAUUCAACUUUACCAUCAGUGCUUUCCAUCAUGCCUUGGACGCCUAUCGUGUCCCAGAAAUUCUGCGUCGUGCCACAAAUAACAUCACCAUUGCUACCUUUGCUGACAAUUGGGGAUACACCAAAGAGACGUACCAAUCGAUCCCUGAAGCUCCCAAAAUUUUGUAUGAGGCAGGUGUUCCUUUAGCACUCAAGAGUGAUCAUCCUGUUCUCAAUUCACAGCGCUUGAUGUUUGAGGCAGCUAAAGCCACGCAUUACGGCUUGCCUCCACAAGAAGCCCUCAGAGCUGUUACGUCUACUCCUGCUAAUGCCAUGGGCUUGGGUCAUCGUAUCGGGUCUCUCAAAGUUGGAUAUGACGCAGAUAUUGUCAUCUGGGAUUGUGAGCCUCUUGCCUUGGCUGCUGUGCCUUUGCAGGUGCUUGUGGAUGGUGUACCUCUGUUUGAUGAGCGUCCCAUUGAACCUGCUGAGAAUGCUCAACAGGCUACUAAAAAGCAUAGCGUGCAAACAGUGCCAAAGAGAAUGGAUAGGGCUAAAAGCUUUGUGCUGAAAAAUGCUGGAUACUCAUUCCUGAAUAACACACUUGUCAAGGGACCUUUGAAUCUGGUUGUUGAGAAUGGCACCAUUAUAUGCACUGGCUCUCACUGUGCAUCCACUUCAACAGACAUGCUGGUGUAUGACCUUCAAGGUGGGUAUGUUCUCCCUGGAUUCGUCGGUGUAGGAUCUAGCCUUGGAUUGAUUGAGAUGUUCUUUGAGCCCAUGACGGGUGAUGGAAAUGCGCCUGCUAUCCGAAACGAUAACCCCAAGGACCUCCUUCGAGCUGUCGAUGGCAUUAAGCUUGGUACACAUCAAUUAGAAGCAGCUUAUAAAGGAGGCAUCCUGUCUGUAAUCACUGCUCCUAUGUCUAAAAACAUUGUCAUUGGUGUUUCUGCUGCUUUCAAGACACAUGCCGAGUCUCUGCUGCAUAAAGGUGCUCUGUUAUCCAAGGCUGUUGCACUUCAUAUGCAAAUUGGCCAUGAAUUCAAAUCUGACAGCUUUCCUACAGUCUCCAGUCAAAUUAAUUACAUUCGUCAACUGUUGACAGACAACAUGGCAAACAACAAUUAUUAUGGCCAAGCUGCCAGAGGUGAAAUUCCUACUAUCAUUACGACUCAUAACAAGGAUGAAAUUGCCUCUCUUGUUACACUCAAGAGAGAAGAUCUCCCCAAGGCUCGUAUUGUAAUUCACGGCGGCACCGAGUCCUAUCUCGUUGCUCAAUUCCUAAAGGAAGCAGACAUCCCAGUGGUGCUCAGUCCCGUCUUGUGCACACCCAUCAACUUUGAUUCUAUUCAUUGCUUGACAGGCGCGCCAUUAACGAACGGUACAGCAGCACAUGUGCUCCACAAACAUGGCGUCAAGAUUGCAGUAGGCAUUCCUGACAACAGCUACUCUCGUAAUCUGAUUUGGGAAGCUGGAUGGCUAGCUGCAUCAUCCCCUUCCUCUGCUGAAUUAGAUAGCGGUCUAAUUAGUGAAGAAGACUCUAUCAGGUUCAUCACGACCAAUGUGCAAGACAUUUAUGGCCUUGCUACUGCUGUGGAUCCAAACGAGUUUGUUGUGUACUCUGGAAAUCCAUUAGAAAUGACCAGCCGACUGAUGCUGAUCAAUACAAAUGAGGGACUUUAUAUAGUGUAG